AUGCAGCUCAUCAAAGAAAACCAGAUUGAUCUGACCAUACCCCCAGUGGAAAUCGGAGAAACUGAAGAAGUCACCCAUGAAAUAGUUACAACGUCUUUGACUAAAGCCGUUCGAUUACUUUCAGCCAUCCAAGCUCACGAUGGCCACUGGCCUUCAGAAAAUUCAGGUCCAUUGAUUUAUACAACUCCCAUGAUCAUUGCUCUAUACCUCACCGGAACACUCAAUGUUGUCCUAUCGCCAGAACACAUGAAGGAGAUUAUCCGACACAUUUACAAUCAUCAG